AUGCAGGAAUCAAGGCCUCCAACACGCAUGCUAAAGGACGAUCCUCCAGACUGCCUCCAAGCAUCUGACAUAGGACGUAAUGGCCAUAUGCCAGACGAUCCUCCAGACCAGCGCCAAGCAUCUAACGCAGGACAUAAUGGCCAUACGCCAGUAGGGUUGCGCGUGGCUCAGACAUAA